AUGUUUCAUGAAGCUAAAAUGAAAAGCUUAGCUCACAAGCUAGUAGAGGAUAUGUGGAACUUGGUUAUUAAAAAAUCUGAUCGAGAAGUUUCGGAUUUAUUGAGAAGCCCUACAAGACUACUCUUCGAUGCUGCAUCAUCUGGAAAUGUCGAGUUCUUAGUCAUUCUCAUUCGUUCAUAUCCGGAUUUGAUAUGGAAAGUUGAUGGAAAGAAUCGAAGCUUGUUUCAUGUUGCUGCUUUAAAUCGUCAUGAAAGCAUUUUCAACAUCAUUUAUGAACUCGGAGCCAUCAAGGAUUUAAUAGCUUCUUAUCGAGAAAAAGUCACAAAGAAUACUUUGUUGCAUCUUGUUGCCAGCUUACCUUCUCAUGAUCGACUACAUAUUGUAUCAGGGGCUGCGCUCCAAAUGCAAAGAGAAAUUCUUUGGUUCAAGGCUGUGAAAAAGAUUGUACCUCGUUCAUACAUCAAAUCAAAGAAUAGCGAAGGAAAAGUGGCGCAAGACCUCUUUACUAACGGGCACAAUGACUUAAGAAAAGAAGGGGAGAAAUGGAUGAAAGAUACUGCAACUUCAUGUAUGCUUGUAGCAACUUUAAUAGCAACGGUAGUUUUUGCUGCGGCCUUUACCGUACCAGGAGGGAACAAUGAGGAAAUAGGACUUCCUAUCCUUCAGAAUAGGAAAUGGUUUAAUAUCUUUAUCCUAUCAGAUGCGGUCGCGCUAUGUUCCUCCUCGACAUCUAUAGUAAUUUUUUUGUCAAUCUUGACGUCAAGAUAUGCAGAGGAUGAUUUUCUGGUGUCAUUACCCUCUAGACUAAUGUUGGGACUUUUGUCAUUGUUUGUCUCCAUAAUCGCAAUGGUCAUAGCUUUCUGUGCGACAUUAUUCUUGAUUUAUGACCGGAGAUUCGCAUGGAAUUUAGCCCUCAUCAUUUCACUUGCUUCCAUCACAGCUUUCUCCUUUGCUUUGCUACAUGUUCAGCUCUGGUUUGACACACUCCGCUCAGCCUAUUGGUCUAAGUUCCUCUUUCAACACCAUAAACAUCGGCUGCAUUGACCCAUGUGUGCUAUGAUGAGACCUGAACUUGUUGUUAAAAUUAUUUAUUUUUCUUGUUUCAUCUAUCAAUAGGUAUUAAGUAGAGACUUGGUCUUCUCGUUUAAUUGCUGCUUGUUAAUAAUUGGGAACACAACUCCCACUUUCCCAUUUCCAAGUGUGUAGUUGUAAGGGUCUAACU